AUGGCCUCCAUCCUCAGGUUCUUCAGGCCACGCUUACCUACCAUCCAGGAAGAUGAUCACGUCUACCCUCUCCAUCUGCUUGACCUGCCCAAACCAAUGACAGGCUUCAUGAUUACAACCCUCCUGUUCAACGACCAGCUCGAUCCAGACAAAUCAGGAUACUAUGAAAUGCACGCUCCUCCCGCCUUCACAACCACCCGACCCCCCGUCGUCUUCACCACCAACUCCUCCAUACAGACGACCUCCAUCUCCAGUCAUCCCAUCCUCUCCCGGAUGCCAACAACUCAAACCCUCUCAGCACCACACACAGAUCCCUGCAACGACGAGGCCUUCCUUCCGUUCGCUCUACGCCCCGAUUUCCCACGAGCCAUCUCCCAAGUCCUAGACAAGGACAUCCCCCUGCUUUCCCUCCGCGUAACAACUCUUUCUGACGCAACGCUCGUCGGCCUAUCGUGGUGUCACCUCCUCGCCGACGCAUUAGGCUUACAAGCCCUCCUCCACUGCUGGUCGCUCGUCAUGGCCGGCCAAGAAUCCCGCGUACCUCCCAUUCUCGAUCCCCAAACCGAUAUGGUCCUCCAAGUCGAGCAAGAAGCCACCAAGCAAGAAAAAGCAGGUCUCGCACGUCUCCCGCCAUCAGAAAUUAUCGCCGCCCAAAAUCUCAUGACAAGCUUCCAAAUAAUCCUCUAUGCCAUCAAAACCAUCUUUUAA